AAAAGAAAACAAGAAAAAGAAAAGAAAAUUUGAUUCAGAAAUCAGAUUUAACGGAGCUAGGUUAAAGUUGGUAGAGAAAGUGAGAGAGAUUUUCGAGCAGCAAUUUCCAAAUCGUUACAAUGUCAAAGCUUUCGAGCACGUUGACGAACUUGAAGUUCAUGCAAAGGGCAGCUGCGAGAGAGGAGAAAAUUGAGAAAGUUGAAGAAGAGGUUAAACCUGAUGUCAGUUUUGGUUCAACCUCAACGGUUUCUAGAAGAUGUGUGGUCAUAGUGGAAGGUGAUCCUCAUCCCGGAGCAUUUAAAGGUCGAAUGUCUUUUCAAAGUUUUAAUCCAAAAGUUGAUAAAUUAAAUGAGGAAGAAGUAGGACUUAAUCAGCCCGUAGCCAAAACUAGCAUUUCUAAAAAUAAAAAUGCAAAUGUAUCUGUUAGAGAAAAUAACUCUUCAGGAGAAGAUACAGAAUACGAUAACACGAGUGAAAAGAGUAAUGGCAGUGUUAAAAGGAAGCAGUCUGAAGUAAUUAAUGAACAACAUUAUCCUAACAAAUCACCCAAGAAUGAUCAAGGAAACAAACCGUCAUCUUCAAACAAUGGUUUGGGCUCUUUCAAAAAACCAUCUGUAGAUAAGCUAGACUGGAAUGUUCUUAGAUCAUCUGGUGUCAAGCAAAAGAGAUGAGUUUGUUGAUUGAUGUAGUUCAUACAAAUUAAGAUAGGUUUUGUUUUGUCUAAGGCCCCAGGCUUUUAUGUCUGUAUUUGUUGUUCUAUUAGCCUAUUUUCUAUGAGAUUUGACUUCUAUAUAGCAAGGAGUGUAAUUCAAAAGGUAAAGUGUAAGGUUUGAAGUAUUUUUACAACAUCUAAAGGCUUGAACAUUGAUUUCAAAUGAGGAAUCAAAUCAUUUUCAGUA